GGGCUUUAUUCGUUUUGAGUAACCGUCCUUUACAGUCUGUGCUGCUUGUAGCUGUUCCUUGUUAACAUUCUCCCUUCUCUCUCUCUCUGUAUCUGGUCGACUUCUCAACCUCCGUCUAUAGAAACAAAACCCAUUCUCUGGACUUCCUCUCCUCUUCUUCCCUUCUUUUCUCCUCCAUUUCCAUUUACAGGGUUUCCGCGAUGGCUAGGGUUUCUUUUUCCUUCUUCUCUUGAGCUGAGAGGGAAGCAAGAAACCGAGAGAGAGAGAGAGAGAUAUGGAUCCCCACCUUCAUCUCCUCCUCCUCUUCCACCUAUUCGUCUUCUCCGCGGUCGGCCGGACGUCCGGCGCCGCGCACUCCGACGACAUCCGGUCCCUCCUGGAGUUCAAGAAGGGCAUCCGCGCCGACCCCUCUGGCGUCGUCGACUCGUGGAAGGCCCCACCGGAGGGAUACUCCGCCUGCCCCCGCGACUGGCGCGGGAUCUCGUGCGACGACUCAGGCGCCGUGGUCUCCCUCGCCCUCGACCGCCUCGGCCUCACCGGCGAGCUUAAGUUCACCACCCUCACCGGCCUCAAGUCCCUCCGCAACCUCACCCUCUCCGACAAUGCCUUCUCCGGCCGCCUGGUCCCGGCCAUCGGCACCAUGGUCUCGCUGCAGCACCUUGAUUUGUCCGGCAACCAGUUCUACGGCCCGAUCCCCGAGCGGAUCGCGGAGCUUUCCAGACUCGUCCACCUCAACCUCUCGAGGAACUCCUUCACACAGGGAUUCCCGACCGGGAUCUGGAAACUCCAGCAGCUGAGGGUGCUGGACCUCCGGUCCAACAAGAUCUGGGGGAACAUAGCGGUGCUUCUGUCCGAGCUCCGGAACACUGAGUACAUUGAUCUGAGUAACAAUUCUUUCUAUGGGGGGAUCCACUUGGACUCAGGCAAUCUCACGAGCUUGGGGAAUACAGUUCGAUACUUGAACUUGAGCCGCAAUAAGCUCGACGGUGGCUUCUUUUCGAGCGAUUCAUUACAGGUGUUCAAGAGCUUGGAGGUUUUGGAUUUGGGUUAUAAUCAGCUUACUGGGGAGCUCCCACCGUUGGAUUCUUUGUACAAUUUAAAAGUUUUCCGGGUCGGCGGUAAUCAGCUGUAUGGAUCUAUACCAGAAGCGGUCUUUGGGAGUUCAUUGCAGUUAAUUGAACUUGAUCUCAGCGUGAAUGGAUUUACAGGUCAUAUUAAAGCUAUUAACUCUACCACUUUGAAGGUUUUGGAUCUGUCUUCAAAUGCAUUGUCAGGUUCCUUGCCCCCUAAUUUAGGGAUAUGUGUGUCUGUGGAUUUGAGUAAAAACAUGCUCUCUGGUGACCUAUCUGUGAUGCAGUAUUGGGCAGAUUCAGUAGAGGUUAUUGAUUUAAGUUCAAAUGCAUUAUCAGGCUACUAUCCAAAUGAGGCCUCACAAUUUGGGAAUCUAAUUUCCAUUAAGAUUCAAAAUAAUUCUUUAGUAGGAUUCCUUCCUUCGGUAUUUGGAAACUAUUCGAAAUUGUCUGUGGUUGAUCUCAGUUUGAAUGAACUUACAGGACCUGUUUUGCCUAGCCUUUUUCGAUCACUAACUUUGACAAGUCUGAAUCUCUCAGGAAAUCACUUUACUGGAAGUAUUCCACUUCAAAGUUCACACUCAACUGAGUCGCUUGUACUGCCUUCUUAUACUCAUCUAGAGAGCCUUGAUUUAUCUGAUAACUUGUUAUCUGGUUCAUUGCCUCCAGAAAUUGGUAACUUGCAAAGUAUUAAACUGCUCAACCUUGGAAAUAAUACUUUAUCUGGAGAGCUUCCAAGUGAGUUAAGUAAGCUUGGUGGGUUGGAAUUUCUUGACCUAUCAAUCAAUCAUUUCAAGGGUAGGGUUCCAGACAUGCUUCAACAAGGUCUAAAGGUAUUUAAUGUUUCCUACAAUGAUCUAUCAGGCACUAUUCCUCCGAAUUUGCAGAGGUUCCCAAGCACCUCAUUUCAUCCCGGAAAUGCUUUACUAGUCUUCUCAAAUGCCCUGCCUGCAGGAAGUAAUAGCAAUGGAGUCUCUGGGAACAUGAGUCAUCAUCGUCUGAAGUCUAGCAUUCGAAUUGCAUUUAUCGUUGGCUCCAUUGGUGCUGUCAUUUUGGUUUUAUUUGUAAUAAUGACAUUUUAUAUAGUAAGAACUCAAGAAAUAUGUGGAAGGAAUGGGUCCAGAGGUCAAACUGGGAGGGAUAUAAAACUUGGGAUUUUUGGCCCGCUUAACAUAUUUAAGUCUCCAAAAGAUAAUGCUGUACCUACUUCGAUGAGUUUCUCAAAUGACCAUCUGCUAACAUCGGCUGCUAGAUCAAUGUCUGCGCAAAAAGCAUUGUUAACUGGGGCUGUGGAUUAUGGUUAUUCUGAUUCAAAAGGAGAUUCAGAAUCUACAAAGCUUGAUGUGGUAGAGCAUUGUCCUCCAUCCACUGGAUGGACGUCCUCUCCAGGGUCACCAUUGUCAUCUUCACCUCAUGUUAUUGAUUCACACAUGUCCGAGCAACCAGUGAAGUUGGAUGUGUAUUCACCAGAUCGACUUGCUGGAGAGUUGUUUUUGUUGGACAACUCUUUAAUUUUCACAGCUGAAGAAUUGUCUCAUGCACCUGCAGAAGUUCUUGGUAGAAGCAGCCAUGGUACAUCAUAUAAGGCAACACUAGAUAGUGGUCACAUGUUGACUGUCAAAUGGUUGCGGGUUGGCCUUGUGAAACAUAAAAAAGAGUUUGCGAAGGAGGCAAAGAGAAUAGGAACCAUUAAACAUCCAAACAUCAUCUCUUGGAGGGGUUAUUAUUGGGGCCAAAGGGAGCAAGAGAGGUUGAUUGUUGCAGAUUAUGUUAAUGGAGAUAGUCUGGCACUCUAUCUUUAUGAGUCAACACCAAGAAGAUACUCACGCUUAUCUGUUAGCCAAAGGCUAAAGGUUGCCAUAGAUGUGGCUCGGUGCUUGUUCUACCUUCAUCAUGAAAAGGGCCUCCCUCAUGGUAAUCUAAAGCCAACAAAUAUACUCCUGACUGGUCCAGACCUCACUGCUCGGUUGACAGACUUUGGCCUUCAUCGGCUCAUGACACAAAGUGGCACUGCUGAGCAGAUGCUAAAUUUGGGAGCACUUGGAUACCGUGCCCCUGAAUUAGCAACUACAAGCAAGCCUUUCCCAUCAUUCAAGGCUGAUGUAUACGCAUUUGGGGUAAUAUUAAUGGAACUGCUAACCCGAAGAAGUGCCGGUGAUAUUAUUUCGGGCCAGUCUGGGGCAGUCGAUCUUACUGAUUGGGUUCAGUUGUGGAAUAGGGAGGGGCGUGGAACAGAUUGCUUCGACAGAGACAUCACAGGCUUGGAAGAAGCCCCAAGGGUGAUGGAUGAAUUGCUGUCCGUAUCCCUUAGGUGCAUUCUUCCUCCAAACGAGAGGCCUAGCAUCAGGACAGUCUUUGAAGAUCUCUGUUCCAUAACAAUGUGAGAGUUUUUUGUACAUGUUGUUGGAAUUAAAAUUUCCCAUUUUUUCUGGGUUUCCAAGCCUUCUUAUCAAGGCUUGUCUUAAGUUUAGUGUAAAAAAAAAAAAAUUGAUCCAUUAAUUGAUCCUUUCGGUUUGGUGGAGGAGUUCAAAAGAAAUGUAAUUUUAAUUCUCAUCUGUUGUGUUGCUGUGCCUGCAAUCUUUGACA